CAUUCAAUUGUGCCUUACCAGACCUAUUAUUUCACUAAUCCCCUAAUCCUCAUUCCUCUGACGGUCCGAUGUCAACUCCUACUAUUAUAUUUAGAAAUCCAUUGGUUUUAAAUUUACACUGAACAUUUUUUAUCAUAAUGUAAUAUAAUUUAAUUUUAUAUCUUAAUUCGUGAUCAUUAUUCGUUGUUCACUGAUUUGUAACCUGUCCUAGUCAGUACUCAGUAGUCGCUCAGUUCUCAGUAGAGCACCUUAUACAAUAUCAUUAUACAUUUUAUACUUUCAAGUAUAGACUAGUUUGUACUGGUAGUAAUAUCUUAAAUUUUUUAAAACCUUCAAAUAUUUUUUCUCAAAAAAUGUCCAAGUCCAACUAUGAUCCUCAUAAAAUAUAUGAAAUCGGUUUCAUAGGAUCUGGAAAUAUGGCUCAAGCCAUUGGACUUGCUUUUAUCAAGAAAGGUAUAUGUAAAGCAGAAAACUUAAUUGUAUCAUCACCUUCAGAAAAUAAUAAAAAAGUAUGGAGAGAUAUUGGUGCAGCUGUAACAACUGAUAAUAAUGCUGUUUUUUGUAAUACUAAAAUUGUAUUUUUAGCAACGAAACCCCAAUAUUUCCCUAAGGUCGUAUCUGAAUUAUUUACAACAACUUUUGGUUCCUUAAAUAUUUUAAUAUCGAUUAUGGUUGGAAUACCAUUAAAUAUAUUACAAAAGGCAUUCAAUGUACAACCUAGCGUUUUAUUCAAAGUUAUGCCAAAUACACCUAGUUUAAUCGGAGAAGGAUUUUCAGUAAUUUCUCAUCUAGAUGCUAGUUUGGAGGAAAUUGCCAUAACUUUGCCAAAAGUUAAAUUGUUAAUGAGUGCUGUAGGUGAUGUAGAAGUUAUACCAGAAUCAUUAAUGAAUGCAGCUGGAGCAAUUUCCGGUUCAGGUCCUGCUUAUGCAUUUCUUAUAAUUGAAGCAUUGGCUGAUGGUGGUGUAAAACAAGGCAUUCCACGUGACAUAGCAGUACGUUUAGCAGCUAGUGCUAUGGCUGGAGGAAGUCGUAUGGUUUUAGAAACAGGAAAACAUACUGGCCAACUAAAGGAUAUGGUAACAUCUGCAGGGGGAUCAACGAUUGCAGCCUUACAUGCGUUAGAAAAGGGAGGAGUUAGAUCUGCCAUGAUCGAUGCAGUUGAAGCAGCUACCAAUAGAUCAAAGGAAAUGGGAGAAAAAAAAUAAUAUAUAAUUUUCUACAAUUAAUAAAGUAAUUGUAAUAGUUAAAAUUAAAUUGUUUUUUUACUUAACAGUUUAUACAUCAUCUAAAGUCUUAAUAAUAUGAUACAGUAUGAAUAA